UCAUUACACAAUAUUUCGUAUAAGGUUAUGUUGUUAUAAAAUAUCAUUUUUUUUAAAUUAAAGGCAAUUACUUGAAAUGGCUGGAUACGAUUUUAAAUCUGAAUCUGAAGUAAAGGAUUUCAUUAAUAACUUGGGAAUUGAAUAUAGAUUUGGAUGUUACAGUGAGAAGAAACCUGAAGUGUGCCAUUUACUUGGAGAUUACUUAGAAUCUAUAAAAAAGGAUUAUGACAAAGCAGGCAAAGUGUACAAAACCAAUUGUGAUGAUUAUAAGUAUGGUAAAAGUUGCUUGAAAUAUGGCACAUACUGUUUGUUGGGGAAAGGUGGAAUCAAGGAAGAUUUCCCAGUAGCUUACAAUUACUUGGAGACUGGAUGUAAGAAUAAUGAGGCUGAUGCUUGUUUCAACCAAGGAUUGUUGCUAGUGACAGACAAUGAGAAAAGAGGAAUUAAUAUGGAUAUUUUAAAAGGCAUGGAAUUGCUCAAAAAAGGCUGUGAAGGAAAGAACGCCAAUGCAUGCUAUUAUUUGUCUGGGAUGUACAUUUCUGGUGUAAAAACUGCAAAGGGAAAAAGGACUCAGGCAACUGCCAAAGAAAAUGGUGAAUUUUUGUCAAAGCCAAACAUGAAAUUAGCUCAUCAAUAUGCACUGGAGGGAUGUAAAUUAGGUAACAUUUUCAGUUGUGCCAAUGUCAGUCAAAUGUACGCCAAAGGCGACGGCGUGGAAAAGAAUGAGGAACUCGCAGCAAAGUUCAAGAAAAUCACAUUGGAAAUGCAAGAAGAGAUGGAGAGUAAUAAAACGUUGAAAUUCCAAGAAGGUCUACAAUGAUAGAAAAUUGUUUUUAAUAGCAAAUUGUUAAUAAAUUGUCGGUGAAGCGAA